UACUCGCAUACCCUGAAAGUUACUUCCGUUUUUGGGACAGAAAGUUGAGGUUAUUCGCUUACUGUAUUUAUCAAUGUAUUAAUUUUUUUUAUUAAUGCAUUCUUGUGAGGGGUAGGUGCAGACAGCAAUAAAACUAACAGGCAGAACAUUUGUUAUCUUCCGAAUAGUUGUAUCCCUUCCAUCUGAGGGAUUCCAAAUAUAGGAGACCUGGAAUAUUCCAGAUUUAAUUGACUACAGCCGAUUUGAAUUGCCGUUCUUGAAAAUAUAUUGGGCGUAAUAGUCUAAUAUUCCACUCUGAAUGUUGUCAAACGUAAACAAACGGCAAUUUAUUUUUUUUCUGUCGCGUAAACGUUUCGCUCCUAAAACCUGUACUCGACGCACGUUCUCGGCGAAGUAACGUGACAACUAGCCCCGUCUCCCAUUUGAUCCGACAGUUCAGGUUUAGGCUAUACGUUCUGUGAGUUCAAAACACCGCUGGACAGAAAGGAAUAAGCCCGCGUUCAACUGGUGUUGCUUCGUGAACUGCCCCAAAGCGCAUGUGAUGUGAGGGGAAUCUCUGGCGGUGAUGUAGAUGUGUGUGUGUGUGGUUGGCGGAUGAGAUAAAAACGCGUUCGAACGGAUCCAGUCCUCGAGACUUCAUGCAUACUCCACAAACGAUCGCGGAGGGACGUCUCUCUCUCUCACACACACACUUACACACACACACACCGCUUACACGACGCGCACAACUUCCACUACAUCCACCUGGAAACUAGAUGCAACGCACAUUCGCGCCAAUGAAGGGUGAAGAUGAUGUAAAUACCGCGAGGAAAGAUGAUGAGGCCGAUGGCUCGGGUGAGAAACUCUUGGGUUUCAACAGCACAGAGGAGCGGCCGUCAGGCCCGAGAGGACAAGACAGCAUGUGGCGAAAUGAGAAGUAUGAAAGUGUCCCACUGGAUGUGAAGGGCAUCGAUGAAGACCAUUCUAAAGGCACUAGAGAUUCUCUAUAUCCCCAGACUGCUCUCCAGAAAUCUCAGCAGGGAAAUGAAAGACCAAAGGACGCAAAACUGUGGCCAUACUUCCAGGAUGGCUUAAGGCGGAUCGAUUAUGUCCUCACCUACCAUGUUGAGAAGCCCCAGAGCUCCCACAAACAGUCAUCCAAGUCCUGCUUGUGCUGCAGAUUCAGACGUGAACGGGAAAAAAAACCUGGUCAUGAGGACCCUGAACUCGCAGCACAGGAGCAGAGACUGGAUUACCAUGAUGACGACCAGCACCUCCGCAGGGAGGAGUUUGAGGAAAACCUGCGUGAAAUGGGCCUUGAGAUGGAGAAAGAGGAAGGGACUAAACUACCAGGUGUGGGUUUCUUGAAGAUUCAUGCGCCUUGGGAAGUUCUGUGUCGAGAAGCUGAGUUCAUGAAGCUGAAAAUGCCAACAGUAAAGAAAUAUGUAGUCAGUCAGGGAAGCAGCAUUGCAGAGAAGGUCAACAUGUUUAUGCAGAAAGUCACUGCACCCUUGCAACCUAACGUUGGGGAAAACCAGACAGAGAAUGAGAAACACCUCUCCUACCCCUUCUCACGAGAAAAGCAGCAUCUCUUUGAUUUAUCAGACAGAAAGUCCUUCUUCGACAGCAAAACCAGGAGCUUAAUAGUGUAUGAGAUUUUAAAACGAACAAAAUGCACAAGGGCUAAGUAUAUCAUGGGAAUCAGCAGUCUGCUGGGCAGUGGUGUCUACACUGAGGCCUACCCAUUGCAUGAUGGCGAUAUCGAUGGUGUAAACGCUGAAACCAAUGACAGAAAGAUUUUGUAUGAACAGUGGGCGAGUUACAGCAUAUUCUACAAAUACCAACCCAUUGGACUGGUCAGGAAGUACUUUGGUGAGAAAGUGGGUCUGUACUUUGCCUGGCUGGGUGUGUAUACUCAAAUGCUAAUCCCAGCAGCAAUUGUGGGAGUUAUUGUGUUCCUGUACGGCUGUGCCACUGUUGACGACAACAUCCCCAGUAUGGAGGUCUGCGACGAGAGAAACAAUAUCACCAUGUGCCCAAUGUGUGACCGAGCCUGCAGCUACUGGAAACUGGUCACGGCUUGCGGCACGGCAAGGGCCAGCCACCUGUUCGACAAUGCGGCCACCGUCUUCUUCGCCAUCUUUAUGGCACUAUGGGCCACCAUGUUUAUGGAGCACUGGAAGAGAAGGCAAAUGAGGCUCAAUUACAUCUGGGACCUGACCAGCUUCGAAGACGCAGAGGGGAAACAAAAGAGUCAACCGAGAGCAGAGUAUGAGUUCCAUGUCAUGAAGAAGUCCUUGAAGAAAGAGCAAUCCCCAAAGGUAGGAAAUGUGAAGCUGACGUGUAGAGACAGAAUGCCAGCAUACAUGACUAUUAUCGUCAUGAUGUUUUUUUUGAUCUUUGUGACCUUGGCCAUCGUGUUUGGUGUGGUGCUAUACAGGGUCUCCAUUAUGACUGCCCUACACAUGAGUUCCACUCCUACUUUCCGCACUAAUAUACGGGCCACCGUUAAAACCACUGCUGCUAUCAUCAACCUCAUUAUCAUCAUCAUAAUGGAUGAAGUCUAUGGAGCAAUUGCCCGUUGGCUCACUAUUAUGGAGGUGCCAAAAACUGAUAAGAGCUUCGAGGAGAGGCUGAUCUUCAAGACAUUCAUAUUGAAGUUCGCAAAUGCAUUUACCCCUAUUGUGUACCUGGCAUUCUUCAGAGGCAGAAUCAUUGGACGCCCUGGCAAAUAUCUCUACGUUAUGGGGUCUUACCGGAUGGAAGAGUGUGCCCAUGCCGGCUGUCUGAUGGAAUUGUGCAUUCAGCUCUGCAUCACCAUGCUUGGCAAACAGCUCAUCCAGAAUAACCUGUUUGAGAUAGGUGUUCCGAAACUGAAAAAAUUGCUCCGACAAGGCAAGAUAGACAAAAAGCAUCAGGAAGAGCUGAACAAAACACUUCAUCGUCACGAGAAGGACAGCUUCCUUGGGCCUUUUGUCGGACUCAACCCAGAGUACAUGGAAAUGAUCAUUCAGUUUGGGAUGGUGACCCUGUUUGUGGCCUCCUUUCCGCUUGCUCCGCUCUUUGCUCUGCUGAAUAACAUCAUUGAGAUCCGUCUUGAUGCCAAAAAGUUCGUCACGGAGCUGAGAAGGCCGAUAGCUGUGAGAGCAAAGGACAUUGGAAUCUGGUACACUCUUCUCAGAGGACUAAGCAAAGUGGCCGUCAUUGUUAAUGCGUUCGUGAUCUCGUUCACCUCCGACUUCAUCCCACGCCUGGUCUAUCAGUACAUGUACAGUCCAGACGGAACCCUUCACGGCUUCGUCAAUCACACCCUUUCGUACUUCAAUGUGACUCACUUCCAGCCCGGCACAGAGCCCAUGGAGCCCAUGCACCUGGGAUACAAAGUGGAGGUUUGCAGAUACAAAGAUUACAGGGACCCUCCGUGGUCCGACACGCCAUACGAGUUCUCUAGAGAAUUCUGGGCCAUCCUGGCGGCCCGGUUAGCUUUCGUCAUUGUCUUUCAGAACGUGGUAAUGCUGAUGAGCGACUUUGUGGAUUGGCUAAUCCCAGACAUUCCCAAGGACAUCAGCAUUCAGAUACACAAGGAGAGGAACCUGGUCGUCGAGCUGUUCAUGAAACAGGAACGGGGCAAGAAGUACAGGAACACCAUGGGCGACCCAAGCCCCCAGCCGCUCCGCUCGCGUCCCAGCUCGCAAGCUUAGCCCCGCGCUCGCUCCGAUCCCAGCGCUGCGAGGGAAGCGUCGACGCGCUCCGUCCCCGGGGCCCCUUCCUCGCUCCGUCCGGCUCUGUGACCUGCUCGAACAGAACAGAAAGCUGCGGAGGACCGCCGCUCUGGAGGACCGCUGCUGUAAGGAUCAACGCUGUUAGAUUGUCGCGUGACUGGCACACCAGAAAAAAGAUUUCUUUUUUUUUUCUUUCGCCUCUUACCCAAUUAAAAACUCUCUUGGAUCUUUUCCUAUCAGCUAUAUGCAAUUUCUGCAGGUAGGUUUGUUUGGAAAGAGGGCUGUAGGGUUUAUUAUAUCGUUUUAUCUGUCGACUGAUGAAUAUCGUAUGUGGUUUUGUGAAGAAUCGCUGCUUUAGCAUUAAUUAGCAUUUUAUUUGUAACUGCAACGCUUUUAUAUUCAUUUUAACAGCGGAAAUGUACCUUUUACGUUUUAGACAUCGUUAGGAUGGGAUCGAACCCGAAAACCGAAUCGUUUAAAGUGCUUUUUAAAUUAUUUAAUAUUACACAUUUCAUUCAGAAUAUUUCCGGUCGAGUGAAUUAGCAGCUAAGUAGUUCUGUUCUAUCACUGUAACGAUUGUGUCAGUUUAGCCUUUAGCCGUCUGUAUAUAAAACACAGACAUAAAAUAGAGCAAAUUACUUAAAAUAACUACAAUCCUCACUCUUGGUCUUUUUUUUCUGUUAUAUGCGGUGGAGUGCUUUAGACGGGAUGUCGAUUGGUCUUGGGGGGGUGGUGGGGUGGGGGGGUGUUUUGGCAGCAUGCAAGCGCUUGGUUUUUUUAGGCAGUGCAUCUGAAAAUGCUAUCAAGCUGUGCUGAGAAUGGGAACGCUGUAUAUAAAUGACGUUGACGUUCAAGAGGCCUUAAUAUUCAUGAAAACGUCAUAUGGACGGAUUUGUGUCUGCUUAUCUGAAUGUUUUCUCUCUCGUCUUGAUACGUGAUGUUCCAACCUUGAUGAAAUGGCAAUGAUGAUGGAAACAAUAUAUCUUGGUAUGUUGCAUGUGUCUUCCAUUCACAGAAAUGAUGUCUAAAAGCUUGACGAAUAAGAGUGUUUUUUUAAUUGAAAUGAAUAUAAUAUUAAUAUAAAAUAUGAAUUCAGUCUUAAGAUAUACUGUUUGGACAUUUUUUUUUUUCUCUUUCCCCUUUUUUGGAUAAACCGUUAUCAUUACACACAACUGUAUUUCCAAUUUUUUGUCUUUUUCUCUUCUUUUUAUAUACAUGUACCCCUAAAAGGCCUUAGCUCUGCUAUGAAUUGACAUGUAAACCCAUUUUUAGACUGUUACAUCAUCCACAUUCUGUUUACCUCUGUGAAAGAAACCUUUAAUGUCUUGUCAUUGUGGAGAUUCAGCGUCUCAAACCGCUAAUGGGAGGUUACGACUGUACUUUUGCUUUUGAAUCAUGUUUCUAAAAUAAAUAUGUCCUAUAGGCUACAUAAAUACA